GACACGCGAUCCACCCAUUUCCACAGCCGCGAGAUUAUAUAGAUUAUAUACAAGGAGUGUAUACAGUACAGGGAAAGAGGGGAUCUUGUAUAGUGUAUCUAUGUUCUGGUAUCUAAUAGAAAAAUCGAACCUAUUGUUCAAAGUUAUGUGUAUAUUUCAGAUUUAUGUAUUAGAACAAACAAUUUUUUUAUGCUUGAGAUAACAAUUUGUAAAUAUAAUUUAAUAUAUUAUGUGGCUGUAUACAGCGAAUGGGCUGGUCACGAACUUUUGUAAAUACUAUAGGAUAUUUACAUAAAUUAGUCAUAUAGCGACAUUAGUAUUUCUCCGAAUUGCAUAACUAAUUCAUUGAUGACAAAGCAAGCAACCUUAAUGGGUAAACAAUGAAACCACCCACAACCCAUUCCGGCGACAGGACGCCCAGGAGCACUCCACUGGCGGCCAUCGAACGAGAUGAUUGUGGCAUUCGUUGUAUUCUUUUUAUCGCUGAUAGUAUUUUAUCUGUUUGUGACAACCAAGCAAUUCCACAAAUUGCAGGGCUGACUGGCGAUUGGGGUCACGUAGAGGCAAAGGUGAUGAAGGCAUUGUGCUACAGUGCCAAACUGGUGGCUGGCUACCAUGCCAAGAGGAAUCCGGAUCUAGCCAAGCGAUACGCCACCGCCAGCUCGAGGAUCUCAGGUGCGAGAGCCACCCUGCGACUCAUCGACGACAUACCCAUGAUCCAAUAUGCUUUGGAGUAUGGCUUGGGCGAGAAUGAGCCCGAUCGCGUCAUGCAAGUGCUGGGAGUGACGGCCAACAUCGUGGAUUUUCUCUACUAUCCCAUCGAGAAGGUGUGCUGGCUGGCCGAGCACAAGAUUGUGGAUGUCAAGAAUGCGGAUAACUGGGACAAUGUCAACUCCAUAUUCUGGGUGCUUUCGGUGUACCUGAAUCUCAUGAGAACAAUGCGGAAUUUUUCACUGAAUCAGGAAAAGCUGAACCGAACGAAUAAUAUAAACGAAUUGGACGUGAAAACGUUGACCAAGCACCGCCUGGAAAUGGUGUCCAUCGUUCGCAUCUCACUCGACUUUGUCCACGCCGUCAGCACGCUGCCGAAGGGAUAUUUGUGGGGCGGAAAGCUGUCCACCCUGCAGGUGGGUGCUAUUGGCACCUUAUCCGCUGGCCUGGGCAUCUACCAGAUCUUUGCCAAGAGAAGACUGAACAAGUAGUCGGUCCGCCGUUGUAUUUGCAAUCCGUGUACUCGUAUUUGUUGAACAGAAUUUUAAGCUAGUCGGUAAUCGUUUUUGUACGUUGAGUUUUUUGUACGGCACUCGAAAGUGUGUUUAGCGAGUAAGUCCUUUAAAGUAGCACAAAAUACACGCUGAAUAAUUGUAAAACAGGA